AUGCUGCUCCUGCCCCAGGUCGUCGUGGUGGCCUACCUUUGGACUUACACAGCUGGAGACACUCAAAUAACACAAUCCAUAACAUCUAUUACCAAGAAAGAAGGAAACACAGCAUUUCUUGAAUGCCAAAUAAGAGAUAUCUCAAGGAAGAAUGUAUAUAUACACUGGUACCGACUGAAGCCAGACGAGCCACUCAAACGAAUUCUGUAUAUUUCUUCAAAUGACAAUGUUAUCCAUGAUCGAGGAGUUAGUGAGGAAAGAUAUGAAGCAAGGAAACAGCAGAGUAAUUUGCUGGCCAGCCUCAGGAUACACCAAGUGACGAAGGCAGAUGCUGGCCUGUAUUACUGUGCCUGCUGGCAUCCUGAUUAUCAAAAACUCUUUGGUGAUGGAACAAAACUUGUUGUCACAGAGAGAAGCCUUGAUUCAGAGAUUGCCCCCAAGCCCACAAUUUUUCUUCCUUCAGCAGCUGAAAUAAACCUUCAUAAUGCUGGGACAUAUCUUUGCCUCCUUGAGAAAUUUUUCCCUGAUGCUAUUAAGGUAUAUUGGAAGGAAAAGAACAACAAUACAAUUCUGGCAUCCCAGCAGGGAAAUACCAUGAAGACUAAUGACACAUACAUGAAAUUCAGCUGGCUGACCGUGACUGCGAAGUCAAUGGAUGAAGAACACAAAUGCAUCGUCAAACAUGAGAAUAAUAGAAGAGGAGCUGAUCAAGAGAUUCUUUUUCCUUCAAUAAAUAAAGAGGUUGCUGGUAUUAUUCCUAUAAUAGAAGAUUGUGAGGAAGAUAUACAUGCAGUAACAGAAUCUGCCAUUACUCAGGCGCAGGGCCCAAGGGUGCCCUUUGUCACCACUCUUCCCAUAACCCCAAUCAGCUCCUCUCGCCAACCCACAUCACCACGCCUUCUGCGUACAGACAACAUGCAGCUCCUAGUCACGUUCCUCAGUGCUCCUCAUCCAGACAACCGCCUCAGAGCUUCCAUGUCGCACACCCAGAAGCUGCCUUCUCAGCUACUUUGUAGACAAGGCGACCCAAGGCCCAUGGCUGUGAACCUCAUGGUGUGGGCAGACUACAGAUGUGGGCAACAGGGACGAGCUUUUUCCUUCACAAGAACACAGCGACAGCAAGGCCCUACGUUCAACUGUGCCACUGAAUGUCAUAUACUGAAUCAUGCAAGUCCCUCUGAAGGGACAAGACUUAAAGGUUAA